AUGAAAGUCCCUGAAAAAUAAGAACAAGAGAAACUUAGUUUCUUAAGUGUUCCCAACAAGUUAUCACUUAAAGUUCCACAGACCAAUCAUUUAAGUGUGGGGUAAAAGCCUGCAAGUCCUAAGACUAGUAAGAAUGCUACAAAUCUAUUCUAAAAUAACGCGAUGCAUGAUGAUAAAUUCACAAAAAUUAUUUACUAGAAUUCUUUUCCAAAUGCUCUACAAAUGCAGAUGAGUCAGAUAUCAGGAGGUAAGCUUCCGUGCGUAACCUCAAAGCAUAUCAUAAGUUUUGACUUGAAUUCUCUCACAAAGGAAAUAUUUCUAGUUACUGAUACUGAAUUAGCUAUUUUUGACAUUGAUUAAAAUCAGUUCAAAGCAGUUCGUACUUUCAAAUAGAUUUUGAACUACAAUUUUCAAUAAUCUCCAAUAAUACAAAAUUUUGGGGAGAUGAGACUUUCAUCACAGAUGAAUGAAAAGAACUAAAAGGCUGCUGCUAACGUAUCGAAUUCAGCAAGUAAUAGCAAACCAGGAUCGGCUGUAAUAGCAUAAAUUGGCAAAUCAUAGUAAUUUUAGAAACCAUUCGCUUUACUGCUAUACAAUUAGUGGUCAAUCAUCAAGAAUAAUAAGCAGGUUUUAUUUUUAGAUUCUAACUUGAAUUUUUCAAAAGAUACUAUAUCAGAUUCAAAUGGUGUUGUUGACAUGAUAGUUUCAUCUAAAUCAGAGGAAAUUAUUACUUUUACCAAAGACUUAAAAUCAAUUAGAGUAUGGACCUACAUGAUCUAUUACAAAGAGAGACCUAUGCCACCAAUUGACGAAUUACCAGUCAAUCUAGACUAGCUCUGUCUAAACGGUAUAUGUGAUAUCUUAGCUUGUUCAUCCUCUUAAUCAAACGAUAUUGCUUUCUUUACUCUUAAGGAAGGAAAAAAUCUUUACACUUUAGAAUACAGACUGGAUACUUAAGAUAGCAAUCAAUCUUUUACUAAUAAUAAUGCUGGGUAAACCAAUUAGAAUAUGUAUACUUCAAGCAUUCACUCUUCCUGUUUUAAAGUAGAAUUAAUCAAGAAUAAAUACUCUCAUGAACAAGGCUACUUUAAUAAACUUUCAGAAUAGUAGCCAAGAACUAUGUAUCAUCUGAAGAGCUUAUAAGAAUUUGUUUAUAUAAUGAAUAGGAAAAGCCAUGAAUUCACAGUCUGGGAUAUUGGACUGGAAAAAUAAAUAUACUCCAUAAAUCUAGAUAGAAUAUGCGGCUAGAAAUCUUUUAUAGACUUUUUAUACCCAGGGCUUAGUAAUUCUAAAUCUGGAUUCAUUGCUAUUGACAAACAAUACAAUAUUUAUGAUAUAUCUAUGCAUGCCUAAACUCUGAUUCAAAAGUUUUAAAAACUGAUUCAUGCUCCAAAUUCAUAUAGAAACGGAGGAUUUUCAUAGUAAUUGACUUUUACGACAUAGCUGAUGAGAAAUGAUAAAAGAGAUAAAUUGAUUAACAUGUCACCGAUCAAAAUUAAAGACUUUUAGUACAAAGAUUUAAGAUCUAAUCCGAGAACACCAAGAAAAAGCAUCAGAGAAAACUUAAACGUUGUUCAUCAUUUUGUAGCACAUUAUAUUCCUAAUAUUGAUGGAACUAAAACUGUUUAUAUUUUGAAAGAGGGAAACUGUGGUAUAGAUGUUUAUACCUUUUUCUCUAAUAUUGAUCUGCUGAUGGAGCGAAGGAAUGCUUAAAAGUAAAUAUUCAAGCCACUUACCUGCUAAAUAAUUAUUAAAGAGUAGAGCUACAAGAACCUACUACUGCUUAUUGAUGAAUACAACAGUAUUAAUUUGAUUGACAUUUAUGAACCAAGACCAAAGUAAUUGCUUCAUGCUAAUUUCAAUGAACUGCUAAGUGGAAAUCAAAAGUAAAUGGUAGAAAUUCCAGGAUUGCCUGAAAAGCAUAAAGCAAAGAGAGAACCAUUUUUGAGUGCGGCUAACUAGAAGUAUUUUACCUAUGAUAUCUAGAGCAGGAUUGGAGUAUUUAUUGACAAUCAAGGAUUAUGCUGCGUAGUUAAUACUCAUUAUCGCACUAGAAAGUAUGUUUAUAUCGAGGAUAGAUUAAAGAUAAAAGACAUUCAUAUUAUGGUUAAUCAGAAUGAGAAUACUUCAGUCUACCAUUAACUUAAAAACAAGACUUUUAAUGAAGAUGAAAUCACUCGGAGAGAUAACCCCUAUAGAUUUAUGGAUGACUACCCUGAUUUCGAUUUCCUCAUUGCAGUUCUAACCUAUGAUGGAUUCAUAUUAGUGAUAUAAAAUGAAGCAGCUCAAUAUAAUGAGAUUAAAGUAUCGCAUAAAAUCAACAUGCAAACAGGUAUUUUAUAGUCACGAUUUAUUCCAGAAAAACAAAAGCUUUUGGUGAUUUUGAAAGAAGGACAUUUAAGAGUGUUUGAAGUUUUUAAAGACAUGAAUUUGUAGAAAAGCUGCUAACUAAUGUGGCCUGAUAUUACUGCUAUUGAUUUAAGAUUAGAUGAAGUGCUAGUAUGUGGACAUGAGAGUGGAAUUAUUUACACAUAAUAAAUUAAAGGGGAGAUUAAGAUAACUGAGAUGCAGUUGCAUAAUUAUCAUUUAAAUCCAAUCCUCCAAGUAUGUAUCCCAGUAUCUGGAUAGCCAGCAAGACAUUUUAUAGCCUGGUCAUCAAAUAGGGUAUUAACAUUAUUUUCAAUGGAAGAAGAUAGGCCUUUGAAAGUAAUGAGAUUUCAUAAUGAUAUUGAGAAGCUAAUGUAUUUAGGUAAAAAUGAGAUUAUUGCUUUUGAAAAAAAUUUUAUUUUUAAGAUUGAUCUAAAUGAUGCUUAAAGCUUUAGUGAAGUUAACAAGAAGCUUAAGGAGGAGUGGCAAAGUGCUAUCUAGCUUAGAUUGUUGAAGAAUUCAUAUGUAAAAAAAUCUCUAUAAGUAGAGGAACAGAAAAAUGACUAAUUUUAUGCUUUUCAAGCUCAUAAAUAAAGCUUAUUUAGGACCUAAUUUAAAGGCUAAACUAGAUUUGAACCAGAGCUGCUGAGAUAUUACUUACAACUUUAAACCCCUCAUAAUUUAUUCAAUUCAGUUAUAUAACAUGAAUUAGAUCAGAUCUCUAAUCCUGAGGGAUGUAAUUUUAAUAUUAAAUCGCUUUUGUAUCUUAAUGAGAUUAGUCAUAUAAUUAAGAAUGACUUGAAGAGCUUUAAUAAUAACUUAAUUCCAGAUGAUAAUAAACUGUCAGUAAAAAGCAAUAAGAAAUAAAAAAAGUAGAGGGGGAAUUCGAUAGCUAAUGGAAGUUAGGGCGGCGGAGAAUGUCUAGAAUAGUAAGAUUUCUAGAGGAAGAUGAGGCAACUGAACAAGCUCAAUAAGCACUAUAAAUUAAAUACUCUAAAUCUUCUUAAUUCAGCUUCUAAGCCAAAUACAAAUACUAAUACCAAGAGAAAGAAUACACAGCAAAUAUAACAAUCUUAAGAUAGUUCAACUGCAAAGAUUAGCAAUCUAGAUUUUAAUAGCAAGCGUCAGUCCAAACAGGUAUCUGAUGGUGCAUUCUUACCCAGUGGCCUAAAAAACUUGUAAUUUAAAAGCAGUCUCUAAUCUUCUCUAUCUAAUACAGUAAUCGAUCCUAUGAAUAUAGUCAAUCAAAACGAUUAACCCAUAGAGGACAUAAAGGUUGAUAAUGGUGAAGAUUCAAAUGUAUACCACGUACGCUCUCAGUUCUCAAACUUUUUAAGUACAGUAUAAAAACAGUCCCAAACAUUGAUAGCAAAUAUAAAUAUGUAAAAAGAUAUAGCUGAAUAUGAUAAGACGUUAAAUGGGAAUAAUGGUCAGAAGUAGAAAAAUGCAGGCUCAUUGCUAGUAUAAAACAACCUAAAUAAAGUUUCAAAUAAUCUACCAAAAGAAUAGCAAGUCAUAAAAGAUAUUAUGACUAAGAAAUUAUCAAACAAUUUCAACAAUCCAGUCCAUUAUGCUCUGCCUAGCAUCACAUUGGAGGAGUAUUCUAAUGAACUCUUCUCAAUAAAGUAAAGAAUUAAUAAGUAUGAAGAUAGAGCCUAGACAGCAGAAUAAUAAGACAGUGGUACCAUACCUCCAAGAUUCGUAGUUAAUAAUACUGCUAAUGAUAAGAUUAUUCAGAAGCAUCAUUAGAUUAACACAAUGACUCUAUUCAAAGAAGAUCCAAGAAUGGAGAAUUUGAAAUAUGGGCUUGCAAUCAAUCCAAUGAAAGCUUAAGUUAUCCCAAUAAAAGAAUUAUAAAAGCCCCUCACUCAAGCUGGCUAAAGGAAAAUUCUCGUUAAGUCUUAAACUGAAUAUAAUAUAUCUGGCUAGUUAGUAGACUAGAAAAGUAGCUCAACUAAGCCAUGCACUGCAGCAGCUUAAUCUUAACAAUAAUAAUAAUCAGAAUAAAAAUCAAGAAGAUUAAGAAUUGAUCUGUCUAGUUAAAGGAGGAAUCAUCUAGUUAGCUACAAUAGCUAAUUACUAAAUGAAAAACUAGUACUAGACCCACUACCACAUAGUCAAUACAACUAUCCUAUCCCAGCUCAAACUCAGCAAAAUCAAACCAAAACUAAGACAAUAUUUUAGUAAAAAUCAUAUAGCAGCAAAUAGAAUGAAAAUCUUUUAGGUAAUGAGUAUUAGACAAUCUCAUUACCAAGUACUAAUCAUCUAAAGACUCUAUCAAGAGACACAUUCUCAAGUAUAAGAGAUUAGUCAAGUAGCUAAUUUUUGAAUAGUAUGUCUAACAUUAACAGUUAUAAGAUGAAUGCUUAACUCUCUGGAAAUAAGCUUAAAAUUUAAAGUCCUGAAAAACAGAGAAAUCAAGUUUCCCCUUAAAAUCAUCAUAGUGAGUGCAAAUCAAAACUUUCCCCUGUACCCAAAAAAGCUGAAAUUUUAGCAAAGAUUAUAUAGCAGAAGGAGUAGUAAUAAACCUUAGAUAGUGCUUAAAUUAAUGCAAAUGUAAAUCAAUAUCAAAAAUACUUUAGUGGUCAGAGACUAAUGACAGAGAAAUCUUAAUUGAGGCAUUCAAAGACAGAGUCUAAUUUAAAAUAGUAGGAGAGCGUCAAACCUAAAUAGCUCUUUAUGAAUAUUGAGCCGACUCCAAACGGCCACUAGAUACUUUCAAGAAUUAUAAAUGAGAGAUAAAGAUUUCCUAGAGGUGAGGCUGAUCCUAAAGAUAUGAUAAAAGUUGAAGAUGAAAAAUUGAAGUAAAAUACGUACAACUUCUAGCAGGCUAUGCGUAAAAUCUUCUCAGGUGAUAAGGAAAAGAGCAAUUUCAGGGUCAACAUUAUGGCUAAGAAGCCAAAAAUUCAUAAGCAAGAAGUAAAUCAGAUAAUAGAUGUGUUAGAAGGAAUAGAAAGCAUGAAACAGGAAGUUUUAUUAGAUGAUUCAAUGGACAAUGAGAAGCUAUUGUCUGAAGAAGAUGAUGGGUUCUUGAAUGAAGAGGAGCGAUCAUUAAUAGUAGAUGAGAUUCUAAAAGCAAACAACAACAAGCAGGGUGAACUUGUCAUUGAGGAGGAUUCACCAGACAAGAGAGAUGGAGAGUCUGAGAGUCCCAUAUCUCCCUCAAGAGUCAGAGGCAAAAGGAAAAGCAAAUAUAGAAUUGUAAUACAAACAGGAAAAGACCAGAAGUAGAAAAUGAUUGAUUAAGCUAAAGCCAUUUAGCAGUAUAAUUCAUUGAUUAGAAAGUAGCAACCCAUGGAUUGUCUUGAUGAAGGUCUAUUCAGUGCUCACAAAAUGCAAAUAGUUAAAUAAUCUAAAAAGGAAAAAAACAACUAGAAGUAUCAAUUAAUGAAAGAACUCUUAAGAGACAAGGUCAGUAUCUAGCAAGAGGAGCAAGGCUACUAAAUCAUCAUUCCAAAGACAUUGAAGUACGGAAAGGCAGAUCUGCAUAAUAUCGAAGUUGAUGAUUUCAUCAAGAACUAUCACAUUUACAGACUCAACUUCAAAGACAUACUGGCGCUGGUUAAGAAGCAAACUCAAGCUGAGGCCGGAGAGAAUGCUGAUUCAGAAGCUGAGACUGUCAUAUCUAAGGAGCAAGUAGCUAUAUUCCUUAAGAAGCAUCUUGGUAAGCUCUUGAAAGAGCAAGAUCCUCAGAUUCUAAAGAAGGACAAGGGAUUAAAGGAGAAACUCGAGAAGAUAGAAUAAGUUAAAUCGAGAAGACAGCAUAGGGAAAAGGAGAAACUGCUUAAGCUGCUGCAAAAAGAUGAUGAUCUUCAGAAGAAAAGAGAGCAAAAGAUGAUUGAAAGAGAGAUUGCUGGCCAAGAUAGAUAUCAGAGUGCCAAGGGUCGCAUGAUUGAAGAGCAGAGGAAGAGGUAACAACUGCAAUAGUCAUCACUGUUUAAGGUUGUAUAAGAUGAAGAAUCAUAUUCCUCGACUGAGAAGUAAAAGUCCACAUCUUCUAACAGAGGUGGACUGAGCACUUAGAAGAAUCAAACUGGAAGCGGUCAUGAGGUAUAAAUGGUUUAUGCUACUGAACUCAAAAUAGCUGAAAGGAAGGAAGAGAUAAAGAGAAGAAUGGAGUAAAUGAAGUUCGACAAGGAGCAGGAAAAGCUUAGAAUUGAGAGAAUGUAGAUUUACAACUACAUCAAAGACAACAUAGUCAGGGGACUCAUUAUCAACAGAAGGCUUGGGAAAUAUUUCAGAGAGACAUACCCUACUUAGAAUUAGUCUGAGUUGUCAUAGGAUAUCAAUUAUGGUCGGGAAAACUAUGACAACGCUUAAAGUAAAUAUCACUAUUCAGUUCUAAACUCAAAGAGAUAAAAUAAGAGCAAAUUUAUCAAUGAGAAUAGUUAGGGUGGUCAUAGAAUUUCAAUGACUGAAUCAGGUUCUGAAGAGAGCCAGGACAUGAUAUCAAGUGGAUCUCCAACCAAAAUUGGAGUUAAGAUCACAAGAGGGAACAAGCAUGUGAGAAGUAUCAUUUAAAACCAUAAUAAUCCUUAAAUUCUCAUACAAGAUGACAAAGGAUAGCUACUUAAUAGUAGUAGGCAUAGCUAUAAAACUUCUAGAAAGAAUUCGGAUUUAAUGAUCAACCAUAUCAUAAAUUAAAUUGAGAUUGAAGGCAAGCAAACUGCUGAUUAACUCAGAAUGGUUAAAGAAAGUAUCUUUGAAGAUGAGUACUCAUUCAAAAGGAAGUAAGAUUUGCUGUUUAAAUAUUAUCUAGAGUAAAAGAUGAUGAGGAAGAGCCAAAGCAGAAAUAAUCUUGAGCCAGACUAUGAAGAUUACAGUGAAGAUGCCAGAAUAACUUAGAUUAGGAAAAGAAAGGAUGAGGAAUAUCUUGAUGACGAUGAAGAUGAGUAUUAUGAAGAAGAUCCUAAUGAUCUGAGACCACCAAAGUCAAUGAUAAGCAAACAGUCAUCUUAGCAGAUGCAGAAGAAUCAAAUGAAAACACCAAUGAAGAUAUUCCUGAUGGACAAUAAAAUCAAAGACUACAAUAUUGAGAUGUCAUCUUAGUAGUCUUCAAAUUAUUUGAUUCCAUCUCAUUCAAAUCUGCAAUAGAUGCACUCUAAUGCAGGAGAUUUAUUGUCCAUUCUUGAUUCUGAUUAGGAGGACAAUAUGACUAAUGAGGAGGAAAUAUCAAAGAUAAAUUAGGAGCUUCAAUAUCAAAGAAUUCUAGAGAAGAUUACUGAGAAGAUGAUGUCUAAGAAGAUCUCUUAGUUUAAAAAGGAACUGCUUAUUCGUAUAGCCUUAAAUCUUGAGAUGAUGGAGACACCUGACCUGUUUUCAUUAGAGGAGCUAUUAGAUCGCUAUGAAUGCCAUGAUAUUGAAGUCAAAAAGCAAAUCAUCGCUUUAUUUCAAGAGAAAUACCAAAUAAAUCUAGUUACAGACUUGCAAUCACUAGUAGAAGAACAGAUGAAUAAGGUCAAAGAUGAUGCGAAAGCUGCUCGUAGAAAGAAUAUCAAGGAGAUCUUGUUCAAGAAAAUAAGAAUGUUAAAUAUGAUUUCAAGGUUUUGCAAGGUAGGGCCUUCUAAUCAAGACCAGUUCAAGAAUGCUCAGAAUAUUUAGAGAGCUCUUAAAGAUCUACUUGAUGAAGACGACGAUGAUUUUUACUCUGAUGAUGAGGAUGGGCAAAUGAAGCAAGAGUUCUUAGACACAGUCAAUGAAGUCCUAAAGAGGAUAUUCUAGCAGGACGACUAGAAAAUAACGAAGCAACUUGAAAACUUUAAAAAGAAUUACAAGAUGAAGUUUGGACCAUAGCCUGAAUAUUUGAUAAGAGAUGACAAUGAUGCUGAAGUGCAGUAAACAUUAGACCAGUAAAGAGCCAUGAGAUUAAGAGCUUUCAGACAAAACGAAAAGAAUUUACUGGAUGUGCUUCAGAAUUGGCUUCAUCCACCCAAGCAAAUGGUUUUGGAAGAUCAAUUGUUCUCAAAUUAAAAGGGACGAGGGAAGAAGAAGUACUUGUAUGAUCCUAACAUGGAGCUGAAUGAAGAUAAUUUGGUUGAAACAUUCUAUGAUUUAGUUCAAGAGCUUGUGAAAAGAAUGAAAAAGGUUCAAAACAAGAUCAAGUCCAAUGAUAAAAUGCUGCAAAGCAGUGCCAAUAAUAAGGAUGGAAAUAAUGAGGAUCAGACCUCAUAGGGCGAAGGAAUUGGAAAGAAAAAGAAGCAAAUCAUUAAACGCUCAGUUAAUCUGGAUUUGCUAAACAAACGUAGAGCAAUGAGUGAGUUAGAGCUUGAAGAAAGAAGAUACUGUGCUUUGAGAAUAGCAGAAUACUUAGAGAAUAAUAUGAUGUUUGGAUACUAGCCACCAAUUGAGGGAAAUGAUUAGAGAUUAACUAUCGAAAACUUCCUUGAUCCAAACAAACAAAAUGACAGGAUCAUUGAAAGGGAAAGCCUCUCGUAUAUGAGAUAAGGCAAAUUUGAAUAUAAUGAUCCAUAUAUCUUGAUAAUGAAGCAAGCUUUUAUGUCGUAUGCAGAACUUAUGAAGAAAGACCAAUGA